AUCCCAAGCUUCCAAAUUCAAACUUUUAAACCCUAAACAUACUCAAAUUUAAACUCUUCAAUCUUCUUAUGCUCUUUUAUUUGUCAAAUCUUUCGCCAUUUUUUUGUUCAUUGAAGGUCAAAUCUCUCUGUCAUCGGAGCGAAACUCUUCUUCAAUUUUCAAUGAUAUACAAUUCCGACGAGUGGGGUCGCCGGGUUCUGACGUUUCCGGCGAUCCGGCCCUGCGAGUCCGUCUCUCCGGCGACGCUUCUCGGCUCUCUGAUCACGCUAGCCGGUGACAUAUGCGGCUUCAAAGCGAAGUUCUUCGCCAGCAACAAGCGAAAUGCGUGGGAAUCGAUUCGCCAGGUCGGAGUUCUUCUCGUUUUCCUGGAAGUAGUCCGCGAAACGCAAUUGGUUCUCCCAGAUUCGAUCGGCCUGAGCUUCUCGGAGCUUCACUUGGCCUUUCAGAAGAUUCGUUUCCUUCUUGAGGAUUGCACGCGCGAAUACGCUCGCCUCUGGAUUGCAAUGAAGUCCGAACAGUUCGCGGUUCAGUUUCGUGUUCUGAUCCGGUCGAUCGCGACGGCUCUGGAUGCUCUGACAUCGGAGUCGAUUAAUGUCUCCGGCGACGCUAAAGAAUUGAUCGAAUUGGUGCAGAGGCAAUCGAGAAAGGCGCGAUUCGAAGUCGAGAGUAACGAUAAACAGAUUUCAGAAAAAGUUCUUGCAAUUUUGAAUCAGUUUCGGGAUAAUACUGCUCCGGAAGAGAGUGAUCUGAAAUGGGUUCUCGAUCGAUUAGGGAUUCGGAGUUGGAGCGAUUGCGAGAAGGAGAUUAAGUUUUUGGAUUCAGAGAUUGCAUUAGAAUUGACCAAUGCUGAGAAGGAGGUGACAUUUCUCAGCAGCCUAAUGGGCUUUAUGACCUACUGCCGCUGUGUGCUGUUUAAUGCUGUUGAUUACGGAGUCCCUUGGCAAUCCGGCGGAGGCUGCAAUGAGGUGCUUAAAACCCUAAACCCUGAUGAUUUCCGGUGUCCGAUAUCUCUCGAGAUCAUGACCGACCCGGUUACGAUUUCAUCAGGGCAUACCUAUGACCGAUCGUCUAUUCAAAAAUGGUUUGGAGCAGGUAACUCCACAUGCCCCAAAACAGGAAAGAAGCUCAAGAACACAACUAUGGUGCCCAAUUCGGUCCUCCGCGGACUAAUUCGGCAAUACUGCUCCAAUAAUGGCAUUCCCAUUGGCCAAUCGGAUGCUCAAAACUGCAAUACGGUGAAGAGAGUCGUCGAGGGAAAGGCAGAGGCGGCAAUGAAAAUGGUGUGUAGUUUUCUUGUUCGGAAACUUGCAGUUGGAACAAGUGAAGAGAGGAACAAAGCAGCUUAUGAGAUCAAGCUGCUCACCAAGACAAGCAUUUACAAUAGGUCUUGUUUGGCAGAAGCCGGCGCAAUCCCACAUCUCUUGAGCCUGCUUUCUUCUAGUGAUUCGAUUAUCCAAGAGAAUGCCAUGGCUGCCUUGUCGAGCCUCUCGAAACAUUCGAAAGGCAAAGCGAUGGUCGCGGAGAAUGGGGGAUUGAAAUUGGUAUCCCAGGUCCUGAAAAAAGGACCAAAGUUCGAGGUUAGACUACUUGCGGCUGCUACAUUGUACUACCUUGCUUCGGUCGAAGAGUACCGGAGAUUGAUUGGGAAAAUCCCGGAGGCUAUUCCAGGUCUGGUAGAGCUCAUCAAGAACGGAACUGAUUGCGGAAAGAAGAAUGCACUGGUUGCCGUCUCCAGGCUGCUAAUGUACCCUGGCAAUCACAAGAAGCUGCUUGCUACCAGAGCAGUCCCAAUGCUGCUUAACAUUUUGACUUCUUCAGAAAGAGAAGAUCUAGCGAAGGAUUCCCUAUUAGCUCUAUCGAUUCUAGCAGAGAAACCCGAUGGAACACACGCAAUUUUAUCCGGCCGAGGAGGCCUUAAUCUACUUGUGGGGGUUUUAAAUUCCUUAUCAUCAAAGAUGGGGAAAGAGUACUGUGCUUCCCUAUUGCUGGCUCUGUGCAUCAACGGGGGUAAUGGUGUGGUUGGGGUUUUAGCAAAGAACCCUUCUGUUAUGGGACCAUUGUAUUCAAUGCUAGCCGGAGGCAGCCCUCAGGGGAGGAAGAAGGCCAGUUCGCUCAUCAAUACUCUCCAAAACUUCUACGAGAGAAGCUCGGAUGGCUCGAUAAAGCCCCUAGCGGCUCGGAGGGGGCAAUUAGUACAUAUCUAGGAACCAGAAGUACAUAAUAGUCAUUAGUGAUUCUUUGAUUCAACUGCUCUGUUUUUUUGAACCUGUGACCACGCAAACUGCACAUUCUUUGGGUAGGGGAUCUUGCUUUUAAUUUCUUGCAAGGUUGAUUUGAUGAUUUAAGCAGCUCUGGUUUUUUGAAGAGCUGAUGAUUGAUUUACAGCUUCGGUUUUUGAUUGA